UAAAAAUGAUAUUUUGUUAACUUUUGAAGAGGCUCUAAAACAUUGUGAAUGAGGCUAGUUAAGGUUAGCCUUACUCACUACAAGAUAACCCACCCUGACUGCGAUCGAAAAAAAAGUGAAGGGUCUUGCCUGGGUAAGAUCGAGAUCCCUUGUGCUGCAGUGUUGUUUUUAUGGCAAGUUGGGGUGCCGACUUUUAUUGUUUAAUCAUGCAGAUAUGUACAGAUAUAUUCAUUAAUAACAGUCAGGCUACGGUGGAGGAGACACGAUUAGUAAGCCCCAGCUGUGACACAAGCAUUGGUGCUCCAUUUGCAAAUUUGUAAUGGCGAUGCAAAUAAGUCCAAACACUUCAACACCAGUAUUUUCAUCCGUGAAUCAUCUAAGUGCAACCAAAGUUCCUAUACAAAGCAUCGUAUGUAAGGUGUUGGAAUUGGGGAAGCGGUGUUCCAGAAAGUUCGCCGUUGGGUGCUCAGAGAAACAAGCUCAUAACACUUUCAGGACGUGCAAAAGAUGCAAGAAUCAGUUUGACCCACUGCUCAAUCACCAUGGUGCUUGCCGUUACCACACUGCCCAUUUUGGUGGAGAAACAAAGAGGAAGUUUGAAAGUGUGUACAGUGGAGGCAGCAUGAAUACCCCAGACUCCGGUAAGAUUACCCAAUAUUGGCAUUGUUGUGGAUCUGAAGAUAUCUUCCACCCUGGAUGUACUCCUACAUCUCAUGCCUCUUAUGAUGAUUCAUGACUCGCCCAAGACCCGCCCACCCAUUCAUUCUGCAAAUGGAACCCUACAGAGCUACAACUAACUAAGGCUUUCCUCCUGGCAUUUCUUACAUCAUGUUUACUACUCUUGAGCUGCUCUUGACUAGCAGUUAUUGGUGCCAUCUGCCGUGGUUUUCUCUCUGCGAAAGAGGGAGGGGACUACAUUAAAAAGAACUGCCAGUGAAUUGAAAUACAGGAUACAAUAAGCUUCAUCAUUCAUCAAUAUAUGUACAUAUCUUAGCGCUUUGUUUAAGCACUGGUGACAGAUAAUAUUGUGUGUAAUUAUCAAGAAAGAUUCAAUUUUUUCUGUAUUAGUGAGAACUUUUGAUGAAAUUAUAUGUUAUAGGAAUGUUCAACAUGAUUGGAGAUUUAUAGGAAUUUCUUUUUCAAUAUAUGUGGACUCGUGUCUUCUGUUCAACACAGAUUAGAGAUUUAGAGUCGUAUUAUGUUAUGAUUGAUUUGGUUUUUUAGAUUUGUACGGAGUAUUAGAAAGCAUCAACG